AUGAAGCGUUUACUUUUCCCUUCGUUCUCUCCCUCUUCAUGCCUCGUCCGAAGUUUGUGCAAUAACAUCUGCAACAAGAAACAACAACAAGUGGCUUCUUCCUUCCUAUUUUCAUCAUCAGCCAAUUCAACUCGUUUCUUCUCUUGCUCAUUCCCAACAAGCACUCUCGGGCAGCAACAAGUACAACAACAAAUUAAUGAAACAACUCCAUCGGCAGCCACUACUGAAUCAGCACCACUUGUUCCUCGAGGAAGAUUGUUCUUCAUUACAUUAUCAAAGAGCCCAAUCCAUCAAACCGAGUACGUAAAGGCUGCUAUUAGAGCUCUCAAAUUAAAGAAGCUUCAUCAAGUACAAGUACACAAAGAUACCCCACAAAUCAGAGGUUUAAUUUAUAAGUGUAGAUUGUUGUUGUCGGUGAAGAGCGUUUCCACUGCAGAAUUAUUCCCAGAAGGAACUCAACACUUACCACAACAUACUCGUUUGACCAUGAAGGAAAGGCGAGCUUUAAAGAUAAAGGCAAUGAGAGAAAAGAAGAGUUUGAAAUUAUUAACAGAGGAAUAUAUUGCCAAGAAGAAUGCAUCAUCAUCAUCAACACAAUAA